CCGUUGUAACUCUUCGAGCCCGCCCCGCUAUUCAGCCUUUGCCAUUUUUGUCUACAUCUACUGCGCACCGUUUCUUUCUCCGCCCGAAAACAUCCCUCGCUAGGCGCGUGCCACCACGCUCUUCAACUGUCGGUCUUCCUCCGUACUUUAUGCCAUUUCUUCUUCUCCAAUUCUCCGCUUCUGUCCAUCCCUCUUACUCUCUUAGUUUUUAUUCUCUCUCCUUCUCUAUGUAAAACUCUUGCUAGGGUUUUGGCUCAUUGGGGUCGAACGAGUGGUUCUUGCUUUAGUGUUCUGUUUAUUCUCAGUAUAAUAUGCCAUUCUACUAUAAGCACACACAAUGAUUGAGAAAUCCAAGAAACAAAAGAAGGGAAUAAUUAGUGAAGAAGACAUCUCGACUCUCCUGCAAAGGUACACAGCGAAUACGGUGCUGGCAUUGCUUCAAGAAGUGGCUCAAUUCCAAAGUGUGAAGAUUGAUUGGAAUGCACUCGUGAAGACAACGACUACAGGGAUUUCUAAUGCGAGGGAGUACCAGUUACUAUGGAGGCAUUUGGCCUAUAGACACGCCUUGUUUGAAAAAUUGGAAGAUGGAGCUCAGCCUUUGGAUGAUGACAGUGAUUUAGAGUAUGAAUUACAAGCAUUUCCGGAUGUUAGUACUGAAGCUUCAACAGAGGCUGCGGCUUGUGUCAAGGUCCUGAUUGCUUCUGGCUUACCAAGUGAUUCCAUCCAUCCAAAUAGCACAACAGUUGAGGCUCCCUUAACUAUAAAUAUACCUAAUGGGCAAGCAGUUAGAUCUACAUCAGAAAAUUUGCAACCUGCUACAAUGCGAGGGAUGAAUAUUACAGUUCCAGUUUCUGUUCAGAAACAGCCAUUGCCUGCAGUAACAUCCACUGAUCGACUGGAUGCAAAUGGAUCUGCAAGUGGCACUAUUCCUGCACGAAGGAAAAGAAAACCAUGGUUAGAGUCUGAGGAUAUGAAACUGAUUGCUGCUGUGCAGAAAUAUGGUGAAGGGAAUUGGGCAAAUAUCUUACGAAGCGAAUUCAAGUGGGAUAGAACAGCUUCACAGCUAUCUCAGAGGUGGGCCAUCAUUCGUAAGAGGAGGCUUGGCAACUGGAAUCUGGGAGGUAACACAAGUGGUGUGCAACUAACUGAGGCACAGCGAGCAGCACUUCAUGCAAUGAAUUUAGCCCUUGAUCCACCAGUUAAGAAUACAUUUGCAAAUAACUCUGUGGGACCACUGGCAAACUCUCAAGUAGCUGUGAACAAACCACUGAAGCCUGAUUUGAGUUCAAAUCCAGUAAGAGCUGCUGCAGUUGCUGCUGGGGCCCGUGUUGCUACUCAAUCAGAUGCUGCUUCAUUGCUGAAGGCUGCUCGGGCAAAGAAUGUUGUUCACAUUAUGCCUGCAAGUAGUUCUUCAAUAACAUCCUUGCCUGGUGGUGCAUCCAGCCACUCUGAUGCUCUUCCCAAUGUUCACUUAAAUGACCAGGCAGCUGCAUCAUUUUCCACCCAUCCAGUCCUUGCUUCGAAGAAAGCUUCCUCACCAACUACUCAGCCUACUCCAAUUUCUGAUGCAGCCAUGAACAUGUCAUCUGAACAAGCUAAUGCUGAACUUUCAUCAAAGCAAGAUACUGAAACUACUGGAGAGAUCAAAUUUUCGUCAGAGGAUGUGACAAAAGUGCAAGUCCAAGAACAUCAAGGCUUUGUCUCGGGAAAUGAUCCAGGUGAGCUAGUUCAAGAAGAAAAAGCAGCCUUGCCAAAGCAAGCAGUAGAAUUUAAAACUCAAGUAGCUGUUGCUCAGUGUUCUAAUGCUUCACUGGAAGUGAACAUGGGUGAAAGUGACAUGGUGGAUGUCCAUGGCAACCAGGCUGAAGGGAGUCAAAAUUCAAAUGGUGAAAAGGUCAUGUCUUUGUCAUCAGUUGGAAAAAAUGAAAAUCAAUCUGCAGUUCAGGAGAAUGGUGACAAUAAAACUACAAGCAUCAAACAAGUGGAUAUUCAAAGCGUGGCAACUGAUAAAUGCAGUGAAAAAUUUGAAGCUGUUAGCAAAGCAGAGCCUUGCAAUGUGAUGACAGAAGGAGAAGGUUAGAGAAUCUUGUGUAAAGUAGCAGGAAACUUCUUUCUCUUUUCCUUUUCAGGGUAAACUUCUAUUUGCAUGUUGAUUGACUACAGAAAUUAGUGAGUGUAAAUUAGUUACAGAUUUGUGGGAAGCAAAUGAUCGAAGGGAUGUCUUUGUUAUGGUGCAAAUAUAUUUCCUGUUUGCUUCUUGUGA